AGCACGUGUUAGACGAAUAUUCCCCCUACAUUUUUAGCGACGAGCUGGAACUUGUCGAGUGUUCCAAUAAGCAGUGAGUGAACGGAAUUCGUAUCGAAGGAAGAAAGAAGUCUAAAAAAUGCUGCUCAAGAGACACCUAGACUUAUACACUAUCGCAGACCCUUUUGCCCUGAAAACCCGGUUCUGGUCCUGGUAUCAACGAGCGCUUCGAGGCACCGAUCGAGUGGUAGAUGUUCUAUCAAGACCCUACUACACAAAACCUCUUUCAUACAAAGAAGUUGACCCGUAUUUCUUGGACCCUUAUUACUUGGAUGGCAAAUACAAGGUCAGCAGUUUGCCAACAACAACACGGUCUGGUCAGCUGAGAACCCCGCCCUUGGGAUUCUAUAACCAAGAUGUCAGCCCGUACCGCACGGGUGCAGGCGUGACCCGGGACCCGUGGUGGUGGAGCUACCCUCACUUGAGGCCGUACCAGGCUUCCAGCUACCCCUACCGCAGCUUCAUCCCCAGCUACUCUUACUUGUCACCUGUGAAGCGAUCCUACGUGUGGAACACACGCCCGCAUCGUCCAAUCAGUCUCAAUAAGUUCGUCAUCGAGAUGGCCGACGAAACUCCGGCUAAUGUGGAAGAAGGUACCGCUGACAAUAAUAAGUCCGCCGCUGGCAGCAAAAGGGCCAGCGAUGUCGGGAAGGAGUCCAUUCACAGCAUCGCUCGCCAGUCGUGGGGCAGCGACUACGAGUACCUUCUGUCGUCAAUCGGCUACGGGGUCGGCUUCGGAAAUGUGUGGCGGUUCCCGUACCUGACGUACCGCUACGGCGGCGGCGCCUUCCUCAUCCCGUUCAUCUUUUUCAUGUUCUCCGUGGCGCUGCCGCUCAUGCUGCUCGAGAGCUCAGCAUCGCAGUACGCCGGCAUGGGCCCACUGCACUUGUACGGCAGUAUAUGUCCUGCCUUCAAGGGACUGGGAAUGACGACACUUUAUAUUUCAUUGGCAAACUCGGUGCAGUACAUUAUAAUAUUGGCAUACGUGGUUCGGUAUACUGCUACAUCCUUCACCCGGAAGUUACCAUGGGAAGAAUGCAGUCCGUUGUUAAGUUACGACGGCUGCUACGGUAGAUGUCGCGGGCAGCCGAAAGACAAAAAGUACGUCGUGUUCGGCAAGGCCUGUCAUCCCGCGGAAGAAUUCUGCACAACUGAUCCAGCGACCAAGCUGGUGCAAUGCAAAACCAACAACGGGACGGAACUGAACACCCAAGACGCGGCUUUUAGCUUUUUCUACGACCAAGUCCUCGACAUGCGACUGAAAGAUGGUAGUGUCUCCUUGUUCGAGACGUCUUACGGACAUCUGGUGCCAAAACUUUUUCUCUCGGUGUUUGCGUCCUACCUUAUUACUGGAUUAGUGCUGCAGCACGGAGUGGCGACUUCGGGAAAAGUGGUGUAUUUCACUGCCACGUUUCCUUACCUGGUGUUGGCCAUCAUGCUGAUUCGGGCCGCGACCUUGAACGGAUUUCUGACAGGGAUCAAAUAUUACCUAAAGCCGGACUUGUCCAAGCUUUGGACCUUUGAAAUUUGGUACCAAGCGUUGAGUCAGACCUUUUUCUCCCUCGGCGUGGGUUUCGGCGGCCUGAUGACGCUGUCGAGUUACAAUCGGUUCAACGCGCCGAUGCUGAAGCUCUGUUUCACCGCCGUCAUCGUCAAUGUUUGCACCUCCCUUUUCGCCGGCUUUGUCAUUUUCGGGUCCCUGGGCUACAUUGCCGAUGAAACUGGCCAGAGCAUAGACAGCGUGGCCGGCAGCGGGAUGAGUCUGACCUUUGUCACGAUCCCAACCACGUUGUCCAUGUUGCCGGCUGCCCCGUUCUGGGCUGUGCUCUUCUUCUUCAUGCUAAUCACUGUCGGCAUCGACACGCAAAUGGCGGACAUGGAGACGCAAAUCACGUCUGUGCUGGAUCACUUCACCUGGAUGCGUGCCUACAAAUCGUUCGUCACGCUUGGCGUGUGCUGUGUCGGCAUGGCUGUCGCGACGUCAAUGACGUUUCAAUCCGGUUUAUGGGUGAACGCAUUGUUGAACGACUACGCAGCAACGGCACCGGUGUUGCUUUUGGCAAUGUGCAACGUGCUUGUGAUGGCUUAUAUUUACGGAUACAAGAACAUGCUGAUUAACCUUGAGGACAUGGUGGGUCCUUUGAGGAAACCGGUACGAUGGUACCUCAUGUCCACCUGGCUCGUCAUUGCACCGCUUUUCACCAUUGCUCUUUUGAUAUACUUCUUUCUGGAUUUCACCGGAAGUGUUUACGACAAGCCAGGGCCUGAUGGAUUAUACCCUUCAUGGGUUCAGAAAAUCGGCGUCUUCCUCGGGGCGAUCCCUCUUAUAUUCAUACCUAUCGGGAUGUCUCAUCAGCUCUGGGUAUCAAAAAGAAGCAACCCUACCAAGUCGAUGCGGGAAGUUUUUUUCAACAUGUUUGUUCCGGACAAAGACUUCAAACCGAGGACUGAAAAGGAAGAUGCUGGAAGAAUAUCUUUCUUGGAAUUCCUGCAACCAAGUCAUCCAACGGAUUACGUCCCACCUAAGGGAAUGGCGACUGAUGAUUCGAGCUACAAUGGGCCAAACGACGGAGAGGAUGGAAGAAAUUGAAUACCAGCGUUUUUGUUAAUUUUAAUCAAUCCUUUGUUGUGUGUUCCAUAUUCAACU